AGCGAGAGUGUCAAUUCCCAAGCUCCUGCCGCGCGCCGGCGCGCCCUUCUAGGCGGGAAAAGUUCAGCUGAGAGCUACAAAAGAGCAGCCUUUCCGGCACCUGCGAAUCCAGAGCGGUGGGCGCUGACUGGCACGUGCACAGACUCUCCGGUUCUGUGAGUGGUUUUUCUUUUUCUGGGUCGGACCUGGAGUUCUCUUAGGGGGAUGGCUGACAAAAGCAAUAGGCAGAAGGACCUCAGCCCAAAGUCAAGGAGGUUUUGGAUGGGGAGCUGGGCAGCCGCCAGUGUGGUAAUUCCCUUCCCCGCCCCUCAGCUUCAAAGACUAAGAGUUUUACUCCUGAAAAGAUAUUUGGAGAUCGUCUGGGUUUUCCUGAAUCUCAAGAGGGUCGUUUGACCCCGGUGGGUCCUAUCCCUGCCCCGUGCCGUUCGCGCCCAUAGAACGAGACCAGGAUCCCUUAAGUAGAGCAGAAACUAUUCACUGAUCAAGGGAUGGAGUAGGGGAGCACCUGCUCAAAGUGCCUGGGGUGUAGUGUGGGGGUGUUUCUUAAGGUCUUUUAGGGCACGUAGUUGGAGAGCAAGGAUUCCUGGAAAGAGGUGGGGCUUUCCAGAAAAAGCUGAGUGCGGCAGUCUCGUAUUUCCUGUGCACCCAACACUACAUGUACCUACCAAGGUGCAUUUCUCCCCGAGGCAGAGAUUUAGGUAUGGUAAUUAGCAAGGGUUCAGGUUAGGGUAGCGCUUCUAAGUUCGUUUCCCAUCUUGUAGCAUGGUGGUUACUGACAUCCAGUCUGUUUCUGUAAGCAAGCACAGCUUCAAGCACAGGUGACCUUCAUAGGUUCUGGGGCUUUAGGAAAGCAUUGAGGUCAUCCUGCGGUGACAGAGGCAGCUGUUCAAACAAUGUGGUGCGCGUUUGAGAGGGGAGUUGCGGGGUGAGGCAGGCAAAAGUGCAGAUUCCAUAGCCACACCCCGACAUACAGAAUCAGAGUCUGUGACGGUGGGAUCUGGAAUCCUUUUUAAAAAGCUCAGAGGAACCAAUUCACACGAACAAUACAAGUUUGAUCUGAGCCAAAGUCCUUAAUUUAGAAAUGAGGAAAUGAGGAUCCCUAAAAGGGUUACAGGGAGAGGGCUGGAGGAAAGUUAGACUAUGACAGUUUUACCGUGAUUCUUUCCUGCCCUUGAGAAGUUUUCUCAGCUGCUGCUCUGAUCAAUACACAGCUGGAUGCUUUAGGGCAACCCUCUUCAUAUAUCUGGAGUUCCAUCUCUUGCAGGUCUCCCACCAGGUCUGUGACCUGUGACCUCUUGUCACCCUGGUCUCUCAGCUUUGUCUCCUCAAAUCUGGAAUUCCAACUAGCUUUGUCUUGCCGCCCUUCCUUGCGACACUGGCCUGGAAUCCUGCAAGACUAGGGGGAAAUCCGGUCCCUGUUACUCCUUUUUGGCCAGAAAUUCAAGACAUUUCACGUGGCAGAAUAAAUUCAAUCCUUGUUUCUCCAUCUUAUCCACUAGUAGAAGUUAGUUAUGUUCUCUUUGAACUCAUCAUGAAUUCCAUGAAGACUGAAGAAAACAAGUCAUUUAGUGCCACGGGAGAUGACCAGAGGACUAGACCUGAAGUUUCAGAGGAUACUGUCAUGAAGCGGACAUGUGCUGACACACCUGUUGAUCAUUGUCUAUCUGGCAUAAGAUGGUGUAGCAGCACCUUUAAGCCUGAAAGUGAAGUCAGCAAGCAUGAAACAGCCCUUGAAAUGCAGAAUCCAAAUUUGAACAACAAAGAAUGUUGUUUCACCUUUAGUUUGAAUGAAAACUCCAGAAAAUUAGACCGUAGUGUGUUUACAGCAUAUGGUAAACCCAGUGAGAGUAUCUACUCAGCCCUGAGUGCUAAUGACUAUUUCAGUGAAAGGAUGAAGAAUCAGUUUAAUAAGAAUAUUAUUGUUUAUGAAGAAAAGACAAUAGAUGGACAUAUAAAUUUAGGAAUGCCUCUCAAGUGCCUGCCUAGUGAUUCUCAUUUUAAAAUUACAUUUCAUCAAAGAAAGAGUAGCGAAGAAGAUGGACACAUAUUACGCCAAUGUGAAAAUCCAAACAUGGAAUGCAUUCUUUUUCAUGUUGUUGCUAUAGGAAGGACAAUAAAGACGAUUGUUAAGAUAAAGGAACUUCAUGAAAAAGGAAGUAAACUUUGUAUUUAUGCCUUGAAGGGUGAGACUAUUGAAGGAGCCUUAUGCAAGGAUGGCCGUUUUCGGUCUGACAUAGGUGAAUUUGAAUGGAAACUAAAGGAAGGUCAUAAGAAAAUUUAUGGAAAACAGUCCAUGGUGGAUGAAGUAUCUGGAAAAGUCUUAGAAAUGGACAUUUCAAAAAAAAAGUUACAACGGAAAGAUAUCCAUAAAAAAAUUAAACAGAAUGAAAAUGCCACUGAUGAAGUUAAUCACCAGAGUCUGACACAGCCUAAGAAAAAUGUCCAUGAACCAGAGAAAGAUGGAGAGACCAAAGAUAGAGAACACAGCAGAGAGCAAAUUCUCCUACCUCAGGAUCUAAGCCAUUAUAUUAAAGGUAAAACUCGCCAGACAAUUCCCAGGAUUAGAAAUUAUUACAUUCAUAGUUUGACCCGAAAAUAUUGUCAAAUAAACUCACAAGUUAGGCGGAGACCACAUCUGAGUAGGCAGUAUGCUAUUAAUCUGGAUGUCCAAAAGGAGGCAAUUAACCUCUUAAAGAAUUCUCAAAUGUUGAAUGAAGCCAUUAUGCAUCAUUAUCCGAAUUUUAAGGAGGAGGCACAGUGGAUAAGAAAAUAUUUUCAGGAAGAACAAAAGAGAAUGGAUCUUUCACCAUCUAAGCAAUUCAACAUAUAUAAAAAGGACUUUGGAAAAAUGACUGCAAAUUCUGUUUCAGUUGCAACCUGUGAACAGCUUACAUAUCACAGCAAGUCAGUUGGGUUCAUGGAAUGGGACAAUAAUGGAAACACAGGCAAUGCUACUUGCUUUGUCUUCAAUGGUGGUUAUAUUUUCACCUGUCGACACGUUGUACAUCUUAUAGCAGGUGAAAACACAUGUGAAAGUUUGUGGCAAGAUAUAAUUAGCAAAUGUGCUAAGGUAACCUUCACUUAUACAGAGUUCUGCCCUACUCGUGACAAUUGGUUUUCCAUUGAGCCAUGGCUUUUUUCCAAUAAAACUCUAGAUUAUGCCAUUUUAAAACUAAAAGAAAAUGGAAAUGCAUUUCCUCCAGGACUAUGGCGACAGAUUUCUCCUCAACCAUCUACUGGUUUGAUUUAUUUAAUUGGUCAUCCCCAAGGCCAGAUCAAGAAAAUAGAUGGUUGUACUGUGAUUCCUCUAAAUGAACGAUUGAAAAAAUAUCCAAACGAUUGUCAAGAUGGGUUGGUAGAUCUCUGUGAUACCACCAGUAAUGUAUACCCUAUGUUUACCCAAAGAAGUUUCCUAUCAGAGGUUUGGAACACGCACACGCUUAGUUACGAUACUUGUUUCUCUGAUGGGUCUUCAGGCUCCCCAGUGUUUAAUGCAUCUGGCAAAUUGGUUGCUUUGCAUACCUUUGGUCAUUUUUAUCAACGUGGAUGUAAUGUGCAUGCCCUUAUUGAGUUUGGUUAUUCUAUCGAUUCUAUUCUUUGUAACAUUAAAGAGACAAACGAGAGCUUGUAUAAAUUAUUAAAUGAUGAGAAACUUGAGACCUACAAUAAAGAGAAAGGUAAACAAGAGUCAUUGCUUCAAGAUCAUCAGAUUGAACCCAUGGAAUGUUAGAAAAAAGAUGCUGUCUUCAAGAAAAUAUGCCAAUAAUUACUGGCAAAAAUUUCAUGACAAAGACACCCAAAGCAAUUGCAACAAAACCAAAAAUUGGCAAAUGGGACCUAAUUAAAGCUUCUGCACAGCAAAAGAACCUAUCAACAUGCUAAACACACAACCUACAGAAUGAGAGAAAAUAUUUGCAAACUAUGCAUCCAGCAAAGAUCGAAUAUUCAGAAUCCUGCUACAACCACACACAUUAAAGAUCUCAAAUCACCUGAUCCUACUAUUGCAAAUAAAUCUCCACUGAGUUAUUCAUGUAAGUGUUUUAUAGGAUAAAUCAGUUGCAAAAACUUGUUUUUAAAUAGCAUGCAAAUAAAGCCUGCUCUUCACGGCCCCAAUUCUGAAAGCCCUGUCAUAUAUCACUGCUUGAGCUUACCUGCUGUAUGACCUCUGCCUCCAUCCCUCUGAACCAACGAUGGGUUUGACAAGACGAACCAGAAACACAGUAGUUUCGAGUGGUUAUAAUACAAUUCAUUUGCCACCUGAAUUUUAGGUAAAAAUUAUCACUGGAAUGUUCAGGAACUGGGCACAUAGACCCUGGAAUUUUGCAACAACAAAACACAUCUGAAUUUGGAAUCUAUAUCUCAAAUGUUACCACCUCUGUGACAGCAUCCCUGAAGCCCUCUCUGUGCUACCACUGCAGCCUGUUCACUUCAGUAUUAUGUUUAUAACUCUGUUUUUAAAUUUUUUUACUUUUACUCAUCUACUAGAUUGUGACUUAAUGGAUGGUGAGGACAAUGUUAGAUUCAUCUUGGCAAUCCCAAUGCUUAACACUAUAUCUGGCAUGCACGAAAAUUUCCUCCAACUGAAUAAAAUUUUUAAAAGGAUACCUUAGGUUUAUAUGUCAUAGAUAUAAAUUAGUGGAAGGUAACAGCUAUCCCAUAGAGCACAUUAGAGAGACUGGUGUUCCAACAGCUACAUGAAGUGGAAACAUACAAACUAGCUAAAGGUGGGGCUUCUCCAUCACUUUGUCUUUGCUGCAUGAUCCUCAUGGGCUGCAUCCAACCUUAUAAAGUCAGCCAAGAAGAGAAAAUCAGAGGCUGGUCCAUUCCUUGCUGGUGUGAUGACAUAAGGAGUCAUUCUUUGUGAACAGAA